AUGAAAGUUAUCUAUUUGAUAUUUUCAAUUUUUAUAUUAUCAGAAGGAACAGUUUUGAGAACGAAAGAGAACUGCUCAAAGAAAGUGAGAUACGACAAAUAUGGAUUCCAGCCGUUAUGUGCAUCAUGUACCGGUCUUAUAACAGUUGCUAGUUUUAUUUUGAAAUUUGAUGUUUCGGAACCGGUCGUUCUGGAUUUUGCAACGAUCAUCUGCAAACUUUUUGCGAAACAACCAUGGGCAGUUUGUGAUGGAAUCUCAUCUCAGUUUCGAGACGAAUUCUUCUAUGUCUUUCGAAGGCUUGCAAAUGAGAGUCCAUCUCAAAUCUGUGGAAUAAUUCUACCAGACUGUGCAGAUCCAACAGAUCCAUCCGAAUCCGGAUGGAAAGUUGCACUUCCUCCAAAACCAAAACGAAAGAGAGUUUUCAAAAAGAAAGAGAAGAAGCCUAAAAUGUCGGCUUCUCAAAAUCUAAAUGUACUCCAGUUAACUGAUCUCCACGUGGAUUUCGAAUACAAAUAUCCAUCGGAAGCUAAUUGUGAUGAUCCGGUAUGCUGUCGACAGUCAGUAGCUGAACCUAAGAAAGCAUCCGGCUACUGGGGAUCAGUUGGGAAGUGUGAUAUUCCAUUUUGGACAGUUGAGAAUAUGCUAUCACAUAUCAAUAAAACCCAUAUGAUUGAUAUGGUUCUAAUGACUGGGGAUUAUAUUAACCACGUGGAUUGGGAGUAUUCAAUUGAAGAACAUCUUUCGGUGCUUCGCAAACUUCAUCGUCUGGUACAAAACUCUUUUCCAACGACUCCGAUAUAUUGGGCACUGGGAAAUCAUGAAGGUGUCCCAGUGAAUAGUUUUGCUCCUCACAACGUCGAUGAAAGGUUCUGGCCAACUUGGUUGUACAAAGAGUUCCUGGCAAUGAGCCAUCCAUGGUUGACCGAAGGAGCUGAUGAAAGUCUUUUAAAACGCGGUUCCUAUGCAACCCAAAUAAUGGAUGGACUCAAGCUGGUCUCGCUGAAUACUGGAUUCUGUGAAGUCACAAAUUUCUUUUUGUAUUUGAAUCAAAGCGAUCCAGACUCUUCAAUGUCUUGGUUCGUGAAAGAAUUGUACGAAUCGGAGCUGAAAGGAGAGCAGGUCUAUGUGUUGGCACAUAUUCCACCUGGAGAUUCUGAAUGUCUCGAAGGCUGGGCAUUCAAUUAUUAUCGUGUUAUUCAGAGAUUCGAAUCCACUAUCGCUGCCCAGUUCUUCGGACACGAUCAUUUGGAUUAUUUCACUGUAUUCUACGAAGAUAUGCACAAUGUGUCCAGCAAACCGAUUGGGGUCGGAUAUGCUGCUCCUUCGGUGACAACUUUCGAGUAUCAGAAUCCAGCGUAUCGUGUGUACGAGGUGGAUCCUUAUAAUAAAUUUAAAAUUGUGGACUACACUUCCUAUUCGGCUGACUUGGAAAAGGCUACAGAGGAUAAGGCACCGGUUUGGGAAAAGCUGUAUUCAGCUCGAGAAGCAUAUGCAAUGGAUGAUUUAUCUCCGGUUUCAUGGAACACGGUCAUCCAGAAACUAUUUAAAAAUGAAAAGAAAAGGGAACAGUUUUACAAGUAUGCCUUCCGAAAUUCGUCUCCACAAUGCGACGUCACUUGUCGCCAGCAACUCAUGUGCAAUCUCCGAAUGGGUCACCACAAUUCAACGCUUUACUGUCCUAAUUUAUGA